AGAGGUGGCAGAGGAAUUGCUGAUAAAAAGUUACUAAUUUUAGGGGAGGGACUUUAACAUCCCUAGUUUAGAUUAUACAGUGUAAUCAAAUUUAAAUGUCGAAAGACAGAUAUACCUAUGAAGUCUUUAUGAAAAUAUCUUACGGAAAGUUUCUUACAUUCGAAGCCCUCUUACAGCGAACCGAUGAAGUUCUCUGCAUUCUGUAUUGGAUAUCUAUCGUUUAAAUGUUUUCUCUAUGGAUAGUGUAUUAAGAUGUUGACUUGCAAACUGAAAAUCGUGAAAAUGUUAUUGUCCAGAAGGAGUUGCAUUGUGAGAAAGUAUCAUAAAGAUAUACCUAAACAAUGUACAAAUUUUACAUCAAAAAUCACUGAAACGCCCCCCGAAUCAGUAUGGACACCUACAAUAGGUUUAGAAAUUCAUGCACAAAUGGCAACAAAUUCAAAGUUAUUUUCUGGAGCUGGAACAAAUUUUAAUAGUCCAAUUAAUUCUUCUGUAUCGAUGUUUGAUUGUGCGAUACCAGGAACAAUGCCGGUAUUAAAUAAAAAAUCUGUAGAAAUGGGAAUAUUAACUGCUUUAGCGUUGUCUUGUCAAAUAAAUCCUGUUUCCAUGUUUGAGAGAAAACAUUAUUUUUAUUCUGAUUUACCUGCAGGAUUUCAAAUUACACAGCACAAAAAGCCUUUGGCCACCAACGGAAUAAUCUCUUUUAUGGUAUUUAAUCCUCAAAUAAGUGGGAACGCAUACAUAAAAUCAUCCAAGAUUAAACAAAUACAGUUAGAACAAGACAGUGGAAGAAGUUACCACAAUGAAGAUCUUGGAAUGAGUUUAAUUGAUCUCAAUCGUGCUGGAUUACCUUUAAUGGAAUUGGUUUUUGAACCAGAUUUAAGCACCGCAGAUGAGGCAGCAGCACUUAUAAAGGAGUUGACAUUGGUUUUACAAUCGAUAGGCACAUGUUCUUGCAAAAUGGAAGAGGGAGCAUUAAGAGUGGAUGCAAAUGUUUCUGUUAGUAAAAACGAUGCAAGUCUGGGUACUCGUACAGAAAUAAAAAAUAUUGGAAAUACACAUGCUGUUCGUAAUGCUGUUCAGUAUGAGAUACAAAGACAAAUAAACAUUCUGAACAACGGGGGUGAAAUUGUCAAUGAAACUCGUGCAUGGGAUGCAAUAGAGAAGAAAACUAUUAUCAUGCGCGAGAAGGAAGAAAAUCAUGACUAUCGGUUUAUGCCUGAACCAAAUUUACCGCUCUUACGCAUACAUGUUGAUCAAAAUGAAGAAAACAAAUAUAAUUUGAUUAAUGCUUCAUCGCUGAAAAAGCAAUUACCUGAAUUGCCACACACACUAAGGAAUAUGAUGAUCGCUCAUGAUAUAAAAUAUCCGAUAAUUGCAGCAAUAAUGAGUAGUAGUGAAGUAUUACAAUUAUUUCUCGAAUUAACAAAACGAAAUAAAAACUGUAAUCAGCAACUGAUAGCAGAGGUCAUUAUAUCUAGAUUACUUGGUUUUAUUCAACACAAUGACAAGGAUAUUAAAUUUCUCAUGGACAAUAUAGAUUUUAUGGACGAUUUAAUCGACUUAUUACAACAGAAAUUAGUAAAUUAUAACAGAUUGCAAUCGGUAUUGGAAAUAUGGAUAGAACAGCCAGAAUUGAGACCAAGACAGAUUGUUGAACAAAAUAAUUGGUUCAUGAUAUCAGAUCCAAACGAAUUACAGAAAUUGUGUUUAGAUGUAAUAGAGAAAAAUCCCAAAAUAGUUGCGAAGUAUAAGCGUGGAAAAGUGAAGUUAUUUAAACGUUUGAUACACGAAGCAGUUAAAGUUUCAAAUGAUUGUGCAGACAUGCAGAAGUUGACACAGAUUAUGACAAAGUUGUUACGCGACUAAAAUAAACUGUAUUCUUUUGUAAAGUAUGGUAUGUUUCAAAUAAA